AGUAAAAGUUACUGCUGCAUUUAUUCACAAGUUCGACAGGAGGCGGCUUUGAUCCAUGAGUGAAGUGGCCAUGCAACAUGCACAUUUGGUUGUGGCAGACGUUUGUUGUGGGUUAGAAAAUGUCGCAAUUCCUGCUCACAGCGACGUGGAAGGCACACUAUUGUCUGAUAUUAAGUACACUCCCACCAACGUUGCUGGUCCAGGAGCCCCUACAGACCCCAGUGAGAUCAUGUACGAAGGGUGUGACUGUCAAACUCCCAGCUGCUCCACAGACUGCCCCUGCAUCCUCCGAUAUGGACCAACAUACGACAAAACAGGCUGCCUACUGACAGAAGAACUAGAGAAGACCUUCCGCUCGAAACCUAUCCUGGAGUGCAACACCUCCUGUCAGUGUGGGGAACCGUGUUCCAACCGUGUGGCACAGAAAGGCGUCUCCUUGAAACUAGAAGUCUUCCGCGCCCCUCACAAAGGCUGGGGAGUGCGGGCUGCUGAGAGAAUACCUUUGGGAAGGUUUGUGUGCGAGUAUGCUGGGGAGGUACUCGGAUUAGAGGAGGCAAAAAAGAGGACCCAGAACAUGAAAAAAGAAGAUAUGAACUACAUACUCACACUCAGGGAACACGUUGCAAGUGGAAAUAUAAUAGAGACACACAUAGACCCUACCUACAUAGGAAAUGUGGGUAGAUAUAUAAACCAUUCCUGUUCACCAAACUUACUGAUGCUACCGGUCAGGGUGGACUCCGAGGUCCCCAAACUUGCCCUCUUUGCUGGUAAAGACAUAGAAGUAGGAGAAGAGCUGUCGUUUGACUAUUCAGGAGAGUAUGGAAACGUUGUAAACCAGGGAAACUUACAGAAAGUGACAGGUCAGAGCAAAGACUCGUCCAAACUGAAACCUUGCUUCUGUGGGUCUGAGAUGUGUACAGGGUUUCUUCCCUUUGAUCCAAGUCUGUAUCAAGUGCACUGAUAAUAAAGACUAAUCAAACAGAAUGAUGACUUUUUCCCCAUCAUUUUUAUUCUGCUCCACCAGUGUAAAACCAUCUUCAACCAAAGUAAACAUUUAUCUUCUAAAGCACCUAUAGAGUGAAGCAACUACUGUACUAGUAAGUAAUAUUUAGUAUCAGUCAACAUGAUAAAGAGUGGAAUAAAGGCUACUUAUUUUCCAAGAAUAUUGAGAAUUAAUGCAAUUUCCACAAUAAUGU